UUUCUAUUUGCCAUUCCAAACCAAAGCGGUCCACCAUGGCACCAUCCAUGUGAGCAGCGCAUUCCAUUCAAGUGAAUUAAAGUAUCAAAUAAAUAUAUUGCUAAAUCCUUUUGUUCACAUCAUGAUGUUGGGCUCCAUUUUCUUUACUUCGGAGUCAAAAUUCCUAUGGAAAAAUAAAGCAUAUCUAUCGUGCUUUUGUUCACAUGCGAGGCAUCUUUUUUAGGCCUAUCCCAACCAAACACUGAGAAUAGCAUUCAUUCUUCACCCAAAAAAUGGUUGCUGUGUUCAACAAGGAGCACUUGUUGAGCUGGUUCCUAAUCACCCUCAAGCUCAGAGAAGCUGUAGAAUCUGGGGUAGCAACAACUUCUACUACCACACCAUCUAUAGAAUUUCCAGAACAAACUCAGCAUCUGCUGCAGAAACAGGAACCAUCAGAAUCACUUCAAAUUGUCAUAAGAAAUGAUGGUGAAAAUUGUGAAGAGAUAGAAAAUCUACCAGAUUCUGAAUGGGUGAUCUCCAUCAAAGAAAAACUUAGGCAAGCUAGUCAAGAUGAUGCAGCAAGGUCGUGGGCAAAGCUGUGCAUCUACAGAGUCCCCCAUUACCUACGAGAAGGCGAUGACAAAGCUUAUGUCCCCCAGAUUGUCUCCGUAGGACCUUAUCAUCAUGGCAAGAAACGCCUACGCCAAAUGGAUCGCCAUAAAUGGCGUGCCCUUCAACAUGUUCUCAAGCGUACUAAUCAUAACAUAAAUCUCUAUCUUGAUGCUGUGAAGGAACUUGAGGAAAGAGCUCGCGCCUGUUAUGAAGGGCCAUCAAUUUCUAGUCUUGGCAGCAAUGAAUUUGUUGAAAUGAUGGUGCUUGAUGGUUGUUUUGUGAUUGAGCUCUUUCGAGGUGCUGCUGAAGGAUUCAAGCAACUGCGUUAUUCUCGAAAUGACCCCAUCUUUGCAAUGCGUGGAUCAAUGCAUUCAAUUCAGCGAGACAUGAUAAUGCUGGAGAAUCAGCUUCCACUCUUUAUACUUGAUCGCCUGCUGGGACUUCAGUUAGGUAAUCCAAACCAGAAAGGACUUGUAGCCAAGCUAGCACUCCAAUUCUUUGUCCCGUUAAAGCCAACAGAUGAGCCAUCAACAAAGCGUGAUAUGAGCAAAUUGGAGUCAUCACUUGCAUAUGCGUUUGACCCUUUAUCAGAUCAUGGUGGCUUUCAUUGCCUUGAUGUUUUCCAAAGAAGCCUCUUGCAAAGAGAGUCUCAACAAGAAACGAGGAUUUGGAACAAGAGACAGUCACGUAAUCAUGUUGCAGAUAAACGAAGGCAGCAGUUAAUACAUUGUGUUACAGAACUCAAAGAGGCUGGAAUCAAGUUCAAGAAAAGGAAGACAGAUCGCUUCUGGGACAUAAAAUUCAAGAAUGGAAUUCUCUAUAUUCCACGUCUCUUUAUCCAUGAUGGUACCAAGUCACUUUUUCUAAACCUUAUUGCAUUUGAACAGUGUCAUCUUGAUUGUGGCAAUGACAUUACCUCAUAUUUGGUGUUCAUGGACAACUUGAUCAACUCUCAUCAAGAUGUGGCUCACCUUCAUUACCAUGGAAUAAUUGAGCACUGGCUUGGCAGUGAUGCUGAAGUUGCUGACCUCUUCAACCGCCUAUGUCAAGAGGUGGUUUUCGACAUCAACGACAGUUACCUUUGCCACUUGUCCGAGGAUGUGAACCGGUACUAUGACCAGAAGUGGAAUACUUGGUGUGCGAGUUUAAGGCAUAACUAUUUCAGCAAUCCCUGGGCGAUUAUCUCAUUAGUUGCUGCUGUUUUCUUGUUGCUGCUUACUUUUACACAGACCUUCUAUGGAGUAUACGGCUAUUACAGGCCAAGCUGAAUCCAGUAUAUCCAAGCUGGCAAGCUCUUUCUACCUUUUUUUUUUUUUUUAGGGGACAAAUGAUUGAAUAUGUUUGUCUCAGUUUAUAUAGAUAUUUGCUGAAAUCAAAGAUUUAAAAAUUGGAUUGCAAAUAAAUUUCCACUAAGUUCCCAGCUA